AUGUCGCACGCUUCAAAGAAUCGCCUGUCGCAAUACUCGACGGGCUCCGUCCCGUCGCGUUCGCGACCGCCCUCUUACCUAUUCCCAAUUUUCACCUCGAACCUUCCCUACACUCUGGUGCGCGAUUUCGCAUAUCCCAUGAUGCACCCCAUGCACUACGGUCCCGUGCCAGAGCCGUCACAUCCUGCUUCUGGUCUCAGCACGCCCGCCAGCGAGUCGCGCCGCCUCUCCGAUCCUGCCGCCGUCUGGGAACCCAAAAUGACCUGGGAUGCCGGUUCUUGGGACGGUUUUGGCAAGGCCCGUGAUCUGCCGCCGAUGGAAUUUCGAGACGGCCCACCGUGGAGCGAGGACGAAGAUCUGGCGAGCCCUGUUGUUAGUUCUAGGCACCGAAAGCACAAGUCUUCUGCUGCGGCCUUUGGCGGAAGCUCCCGCUCAAGAAUUUCCCAAGAAAACAGCAACGACGUGCUAAACCCUUCACUCUAUGAGCAAGAGCGUGGCUUCUAUGUCGGAACCGGCGGUGAUGGCAGCGAGCGAUACUAUCUGAACCAAGGAGGGGAAGCAAAUGGACCGGGCGGGGAAUAUGUCACUUACCCACCUGACGAUGCGAGACAUUCCAGCCAUACAUACCAGCUGGGUGACCUACCUCCUCGGCAGUACGCGGAACAGGAGGCUUACUCGGACGACUCCAGCUCAGCAUCCUCGCCGGGUUUCCGCGGUGACGACCAAUCCAGAUACUCACGGGACUACCAAUUCACCAUUACCUCACCUGACGAGGAGAUGCACGGUAAGGCCGUUGCCCUUUUCGACUUUGAGAGAGAAAACGAAAACGAAUUGCCAUUGUUGGAGGGUCAGAUUAUAUGGGUUUCGUAUCGACACGGCCAAGGCUGGCUCGUGGCUGAAGAUCCAAAGACGCAGGAGAGUGGACUCGUACCGGAAGAAUAUGUCCGCCUGCUCCGUGACAUCGAAGGCGGGAUGAAUAGCCUCACCGGAAAUCUGGGCGAGGGAUCAACUUCUCCAAAUGACGUUGGAACCCCGACGCAAGCGGAACAUCAACCCCAGGGUCACACACCAACCGGCAGCCAGUCUUCAUCCAAUGGUUAUCACCAGCCCGUGGUAUCGACAUUCUCUACUUCCAGCAAAGACUUGGAUCCAUACCCCACUCAGCAACUCGGCAUCCAGGCUGGACAACCCCCUCCCCAAGUUGUUCACUAUCAUGGUCAGAGAGGUGGCAGCCAGGCGAACACCCCUACUUUGGCUUCGCACCAGGACAUCGGUACGAUGCGUCGGGGCAGCCAGGAUGUGAUUGCGAAAAGAAGGGACUCUCAAAUCAGCCCCUUGACGGAAACGAUUCCAGAGAGCAGACUAGUAGAUCGGUCGAGCACGCCAAAGGCCAAGACUCCCAGCGAGAAGCCCGCAGAGUCCGACGCCAUGGAAACAGACCGGUGA